GGCGGCGGCGGCGGCCGCGCAGGGACGAUGCGCGAGUACAAAGUGGUGGUGCUGGGCUCGGGCGGGGUAGGCAAAUCCGCCCUGACCGUGCAGUUCGUGACCGGCACCUUCAUUGAGAAAUACGACCCCACCAUCGAGGACUUCUACCGCAAGGAGAUCGAGGUGGACUCGUCGCCUUCGGUGCUGGAGAUCCUGGACACGGCGGGCACCGAGCAGUUCGCGUCCAUGCGGGACCUGUACAUCAAGAACGGCCAGGGCUUCAUCCUGGUCUACAGCCUGGUCAACCAGCAGAGCUUCCAGGAUAUCAAGCCCAUGCGGGACCAGAUCAUCCGCGUGAAGCGGUAUGAGAAAGUGCCAGUCAUCCUGGUCGGAAACAAAGUGGACCUGGAGAGUGAGAGAGAAGUGUCCUCCAACGAAGGCCGUGCCUUGGCCGAAGAGUGGGGCUGCCCCUUUAUGGAGACUUCUGCUAAGAGUAAAACAAUGGUGGAUGAACUCUUUGCUGAAAUUGUGAGGCAGAUGAACUAUGCAGCUCAGCCUGACAAAGAUGACCCAUGUUGUUCUGCCUGUAAUAUACAAUAGCAUCUGAACAUGGCCGUCCCAGACAGGACUCAUCUAGGCUCGUAGGCAACAGUGACCUUGUCUACUGCAUUGCAGUUUGUAGGAUGGGUGGUGUGUGAGUCCACGGUGCACUGCAGCCGGAUGGCCAGCUGACGCCUCUGAGUACCUGUGGGUGCCCCCGUGACUACAGUCUCCACCUCUGUCCUCAGUCCUCUGUACGUCUGCAACCUGAAGGCACCACGGCGAAGCUACAGGGUGACCGCAUUUGAUAGGAUGAUGGUGUUGCCGUUGAGGUGACAGAAGCCACUGUUGUGUAAACUAAAAAUCAUCAUGAGAAAGAAACCAGAAGAAUUCCUAUGAUCACUAACAAAAUAUUUUGUUGUCUUAAAAAAAAAUUAAAGGAGAAAUAUUUUCCUACAAGAGUACUGAAGUCAGGAAUGGAUGGAGCUUCUAGCCAGUUUAUUCUAUCCAGUGAAACAGCAUUGCAGGGAGACUCCGCCUAGCUGACACGUCUCUAGUUUUCGAAUUGAUGCCUAAUCGUAGAUGUUACCCUACUUCGUGACAUGAAACUCACUCACAUAUCAAUCCUCAGCAGAGUAAAAUCCUCAGAGCACGGCUGUGUGAGAACCCAGUCUGGCUUUAGAAUUUGUUGAAUCACCUGCUCUGCCACAGAAAAUCGUCUCUCACGAGGGCUUACGAGAAUCGAACGGCACACCCGCCCUCUGUUCCCGGAGCAGGGAUGGUCUUUAUUUACUGAACAAGAAAAGCACCUGAGGUGGCCCAGCCUUACUAAGGAGCCUUGUAGCAGAUUCACCAUCGCAGAAGGGAAAUGAAGCCAUGUCACAUCCACAUGCUCCCCCCUGCAGACACCCCACGGGACAGUGCAAGCAUCCGGCUUUGUGUGUGAGUGAGUGUGUGAGUGUGUGUG